AACAGCCAGCGACGGCGAAUGAAGUAGUUACGAAUGUAAGAAGUAUAAAGUGCGAAAAGCGAGCGCAACGAAGUACAAGGGGAAAUGUUAAGAAAAUUUUACAGUUAAUAGGGUGACAUUAUGGCGCUUUAUCACUCCAGAAGUCAACAAUACGCAAAGCUGUCACGUUGCAUGUCACGAUGCUUGUUGUUGUUGUUGCUCUUAUUCCACCCUUGCGGUUGUGUGCGCCUGCAUGUACGCGUACAUAUGUAUGCCCGUGCGCACGAUUGCCGUCAAGUGGUCUUAAUAGCAUUGCGUUGUAGACAGAUGCCAAGGAGCUUCUUAAAAUUAAUGCUAAUGCGAAAACAAGCCAACUUUGUGAGGAGCGAUGGCGGAAAACGCAAAUUCUGUUGUGACAAGCUGAAAUAUUUGUGGCUUUUACGUUCACAAGGCAAGCAUUAGGAAAAUGGAUCCCGUAGGAAUUGUCAUUAAGGAGGCUGCUUAGCUGUAUUUAAAUGCGAAAUUGAGCCAUUUAAAUGACUUUAGUGGGGGCACACGUGAGAGGUGAUCUAAUAAU